ACAAUUUAGGUCGAAUCGGUUGCGAAUUUUUAAGGGAUGAAUCGUUUUAUUAUCUAAUAGUUACCUCCCCUUUACAAACUGCGCCAUUUGCAACAACAAUUUUAGGCGCCAAAUGUUGGCAUAUUCUUUUGUACAGUAUUGACUAGCCUUUUGACGAAUGUAAGCCAGUUAGACGUGUGUUUGUGAUCUUAGAUUUAUUGGCCAUGUUCCUCCGUUUUCUCAAGAAACUUACUGGCAUAGACUUGCAAGUGAAUAAUGAUGCUGUUGUGGAUAUGGAGCCAGACAUUACAGUCAUGGAUCUUCCUCCUCCUGUAAUUGUAAACAUUUACAGUUAUCUAAAUCCUGAAGAUAUUUUGUCAAUGAGAAACAUCUGUCCAUUAUGGAAUCACCUAAGUUAUGAUGCAUCUAUAUGGAGAGAGUUGAACACAAGCAAUUGUACAGAUUCAUUCCUUUCCAAUGGCUCUUUCUGCAAACUACUUCAUGAGGUAGAAGCUUACAUUGAAGUCCUGCAUUUUGAUAUUCAGUAUAUAUCUAUACUAGACUACUUGACACAACCAGAAGCGACAUAUUGCCAGAACUUACAAGAAAUACACAUCUUUAACGAGAAAAAGAUAGGGAAAACAAUUGAUAUCAAUGGUUUGGAUCAAAAGAUGGUGAAGCUGUCUCAGAAGUGCAAACAAUUGAAAAAACUGCAGUAUGAAAAUUUGUUCAUUAAUACAGAUGCUGUUUUUGACAAGUUAAAGUAUUUCAAGUGUUCCUCUGACGAUGAAACAAUUGAUGAAACUUUGGAAGAGCCAACCAGACUUAAAGCUUUCAUCCAAAGGCAUCCACAGAUAGAAGACCUUGACAUACACCUCCCAGCGUUGCCUGAUGAUAAUGAACUUAGUGCUACUUCAAUACUGUUGGACCUCCCGCUACUGAAAAAGCUGAGAUUGUAUGAUAACUUUACAGAUGAGGAAAGCCCAUUGUUGCAGCCCAUCAACCAUCAGUUGAAUCUAGAGAGUCUAACUUUAUACUUCUUGUCUUAUGUCACGGAUGAAACCAUUGUUGCUAUCCUUACUAAAGUUCCAAAGUUGAAAAUUUUUGAUGUAAGGUACUGUGAUCUAGUGACAGAUGUUACACUGAAAUGUGUAGCAAAGAACUGCCGUGAAAUUACACAAUUUAGCAUUGUUGGUUAUCAUCCAGUGCUUUUUACAGGAGCUGGUGUAAAAGAAGUAGCUUUGAACUGUACCAAGGUGGAAUGGGUAACUGUGAUUCCAUGUUCUGAUGAUGAUGAUGAAGACAUUUAUGCAUUUAUUUCACAUUGCGCAGAAAAAUUGAGGUUGCUUGUUGUGAGUGGAGGAGUGACUGACAGAACAAUUUUGAAAAUGACAGAGAUAUGUCCGAAUAUAUUUUAUCUUGAUUUAUAUGAAUGCCCAAAGCUCACAGGGGCUUCCAUAUCUGCAGUGUUAAGGUGUUACAAAAAUUUGGAAUGUCUAACACUUACUGGUAAUAGUAAUAUCAAGACACUAGAUGACUUUUGUGAAGUUGAAGCCAUUAAAGUGUUGAAAAGUGACAAGCAGAAGAAUGUUGAAGGGAAAUGUGUUGUUGAAGAGGGAAAGUUGAAAGCUGUAAAACUAGACAAGAUUCAAGAACAGGAACAAUCUGGGGAAAAGCCUGAAGAGAUGGUAUAUGACAAACAUAAUGGUGUGGUGAACACUCUUGUAAAGUCUACAGAAACUGGUAAAAGAUUGUCAUUUUUAUUAGGUUUGCAUAUGAAUGGCUGUUACGAACUUACAGAUAACGUGCUCUUCAAUUUAGCUUGCUACUGUCCCAAUCUGCGUCAAGUACAUCUCUCAGGAUGUGUUGAUUUGUCAGACAAUACAGUGAAAACCUUUUUUCAAAGAUGCCCCUUUAUAUCUGGGUUUGACAUAAGCCUUGAAUACGCUCCAGAAAAUCUGGUAGGGGAGAAAGUAACAGAUAAAGGUUUAGCUGACAUUGCAAGGUAUGGAAAGAAACUGUGUAUGAUCAAGUUGGAUUUUCGUGAUAAUAUUACGACUGAAGGUCUCUUUGAGUUGAUACGCAAUUGUCCUAUUAUACAACAUGUGCAAGUAAGUGUAAUGGAGGGUAAAAGUAACUUGACAAAGGAGAAACUGAUGAAAUUUGCAGAGGCUUGCAAGCAGAAGUUUAUAUGUAUGAAAGAAGAUGGGACUGAUUCUGGGACGGAGUGCUGCUUGGACAUUUUCAUAUUUGAUGAAGAGCCAACAUCCUUCUCAGGAAAAUAUUUCUAUUUCUACUCUAAUUUUAAGUUUAAAGGUGAAUGGAACAUUGUAACUGAUAAAAAUACACAGUGACUGACAUUGUACAUAUGUCAUUGAUUUAGGUAGCCUGACAAAGCUUGCCUGCAGACUCAUGAUUAUUUUUCUCUUGCACAUGAAGUUUAAGAAAAAAUUUUACACAAUAAAUAUUUUGUUCUUGAAGAUUAUGUAAAAGAAAAAUAAAAAAAAAUUCAUCUAGCACAUGAGAAGGCUUUUUACAUAAUUGACUCAGUAUGCUAAAAUAAUAGCCCUUACAUGUUUGUACUCCAUUACUGAUGGGGAAGAAGUAUAUUAAAAGUAGUUUAAGCUUA